CGCCGGAUUGACAGCUCGGUUCCCUCCCGGAGUAGCCGUUAGCUCAGCUCCGUGACUGCAGCUCUACCGGCGGAGGCUGUUUGAAUGGUUUAGCGGCGGAAAGCGGAGCAGAACUGAACUGGGAUGCUGUAGUGUUGUAAAACAAAUAAAAAAAUAACUUACGCUUCACUCAAAGGAAGAGAAGAAGAAGCUACGCUGCCGGAAGUUGGAAACAGGUGAGACGCUGAGUGAGCAAGGGAGCAAGUGAGAGACAGAACAAGAGAGAGAGAGAGAGAGGCCAUGGAGCAGCAGAGGCAGAGAGCUCUCUCCACGUCAGGAGAAUCGCUGUACGUCGUGCUGGGAGUCGACAAGAGCGCCACGACAGACGACAUCAAGAAAUGUUACAGGAAACUGGCAUUAAAGUUUCAUCCAGACAAGAACCCAGACAAUCCAGACGCGGAGAAGUUCAAAGAAAUCAACAACGCCCACUCCAUCCUGAGCGACGCCACCAAGAAGAACAUCUACGACAAAUACGGCUCCCUGGGGCUCUACGUCGCCGAGCAGUUCGGAGAGGAGAACGUCAACACCUACUUUGUUCUGUCCAGCUGGUGGGCCAAGGCUCUGUUCGUCUUCUGCUGCCUGUCUACAGGAUGUUACUUCUGCUGUUGUCUGUGUUGCUGCUGUAACUGCUGCUGCGGGAAAUGUAAACCUCGGCCGCCCAUGGACCAGGAGCCCGAGUUCUACGUGUCCCCGGAGGACCUGGAGGCCCAGAUGACCGCUGAAGAGAGAGAUGGUGAGCCCAUCGUGAUGCAGCCGUCCUCAGCCACAGAAACCACCCAGCUCACCUCUGAUGCGCACCACAGCUACAGGACCGACGCAUACUAGACACACACACACAUAUACACUACACAUCUUCCAGUUAACCAAACACACAACCCGCUCCAGCACAAUCACGGGACUGAUCUAAACACUGAACACACACUCUUUACAGCUUUCUGCGGCUGCACACACGGGACAAACCAGCAAAUAUUAAAACCAUAAGAAAUGUUUUUAUUGAUUUUAAGAUUUGCUGUGGAGGGAGGGACGAAGGAGGAAGAAGUAAAAACGUUUUCAGAUUAAAUCAUUAUUUUGACUUUUUUUAAGACAGAAUAAGAACAAGAAACGUCUGAACAUGUGUUAACUUAAGCAGGGUGCACACUUCAAGAUGAUCGGCCCGAUUCCUUUUGUCCGACCUAGGUCAGCAAAGGCUCGAUUAUCUGAUGGUUCUGGAAAUUGUGGUGUGCUAACAGUGAUUUUCCCCGAUCUGCUUAGAAGACAAUCAGAGCCGCCCAGAUUUGAAUUCAUAUUUUAAACAUAUUUCGAUCAGACAAUCCUGUCGUGUGGAGAGAGAACGCCAAAGACAGAUGAGCGCGCACUCUGUGGAGCAUCACGGGGAACAGCACAAUAGCCAAUCAGGAAGCAAGCUGAUUGAAGCACAACAAACGCAACCAAGGGGCGAUGACAGCAAACGCGAAGUAUAAAGUUAGACGGGCGCCAGAAAUAUAGAAACAAUUUGUUGAUUUGUGGCAACAACACGAUGUGUCCUGUAAAACGUGUCACAAUCAAACAGACGAGGAGGGGUUGUCUGCCAUGUUUGUUUACUCUUAAAAUGCGUUUUGACCGUGCGGGCCUCUGGUUGUAGGUGAAAGGAUCUGUGUUGUGCUGCACACCACACACAUGAUAAUUUAUCUCAGCGCUGAAGGCUCAAAAUGGAAAACAAAAUGUUUUCAAAACAUGUGAGUCAAAUAUGUUUGAGAAAAAACUAGUGCAGCCAGGAGACGUGAGAUAUCAAAUCGAGGACGACAAAAAGGCUGUUUGUACACCAUAAAUUGUCAUGGUAAUGCUAAUGGUAAACAUGUUUACCCUGGUACAAAAAUAAAUCAGGUGUGAUUAGUUGUUGUCAUCACUGAAACACACUGUACGGGGGGUGAAUUUAAAGUAAACAAGGAUCUUCAAAUCUGAUAUUUAUCAACUGGAAAUUUAUUCAGAAAUUUCAAAAAUAUGUUUUCAAAUUAAGGACUGAAUGUUUAAGCCUUCCAGAUACGAUAAAGUUUUUUUAAAUCAUGAAGUCAGAGCUUGUUUCUCCUCCAGCAGGAGAGGUAGCGUCUGUGUCGAGUCAUCCUGCGGGGAAGCGCUCGUCGAGGCUCCUCUCUGAGCGUGACGCUGGCUCGAAGUAGGUCAGAGAUUCUUUCUAUAUGUUCAGUGAGGAGUUGAUAAGUCUGGCCUGGGGGGGGGGGAUGUUUAUUUGUCCUUAACGCUCACCACAGACGCCCCCCUGAGUAUGGAGCGGGCAGCUCACACUUCAACAGGUGCUGUGAUGCCAUCGAGUCCUCCUCACUUAAAUCAUCACAGAACCAUUGAAACAUGUCGUGCGAUUAAAUCAACAGUUUUCCAUUUGAUGAUUAAGAGCUGCUGAACUCUUGAACCCCCCCCCCUCUCUUCAUCCUCCUCAAAGUUAAAUCUACACUUUCUCUUCCGUGUGUGAAGACAUUAGCUCCCUGAGUCGCACUGGGAGCCAUGUGUGUGUGUGAGCCGUUGCACAGUCCUGUGUUAUUAUUAGAAACAUAACAAGUCCAUGAUUACCAAGCGUUAGUGACCUCUUACUUUCGUCCAGAAGAACAGACAUAUAAAACACUGAUUGAGCCCCUUUUUCUUUGUUUUUAGUUUCCAUUUUGUUUUGUGAGAAUCCGUUGUACAUGUUGUGUAAACUGAAUGUUUAGAUUUGACUUCACAGUAUUUCUUUUUGUUCUGUUUCUGUAGAAUUGCUUUUCAUUGUCUUUUUUGUUUUUCUUAUUUAAGUUGUUGACGAAUGGAGGAUGUUGAUAUCCAGAGUCUUACUCGUUAGUGUGGCAGCAGUUUUUGUAGGUUAUACAAUCCUCAUAACGACUAAAGAACAGUUUUUAAAACCAUCACACUGAUAAGUUAGCGUGUCAUUUUUUCAGAUUAGUCUUUUUUUUGUUUUCUAGUUUUUCUUUAUUUGUCGCUCAUGAGUAGCACUGCAGCUUUUAUAUUAGAACACACAGGAACACUGAGGUUGUUUGUGUCAAUGAUUUUAUACCAAAAAGAAACAUCUUCAUGGAUCUAAAAGGAUUAUGUUAUGAGUAUAUUGUCUUUUACUUUUUAAUCAAACGCUUUGUUCAUUAUGUAUUUUUACAUAUCAUGAGGAAAAGCAAUAUCCAAACUUUCAACCACAAAUUUCAAAGGUUGUUUCAGGAAAUCUGCAGCUUCAUAAAAACUCAAAACUAGCUUUUUUUUAUUACUGAAAAAGCAAAAUAAUGCUCUAUUAAGUUGAAUACAUCAAUUUAACUUAAAAUCUUAACAAAUUAUAUCUCAAAUGAGUACAAACUACAGUAAUUAUAUAUCAUGCCUCCUCAAGAACAUGUUAAAAAAAAGAGGCUGCUGUUUUAAUUCUUUGUGUCUUCCAGUUUUUGAUUUGGACAAAAGUUUCCAGUUUAAAGAGUUUUUAUUCGGCCUGCAGAUGAUCUGUUGUUUAGUUUUGUGAUUCGUGUCAUUUGACCACUUCAAUGCUACACAAUCCCUCUUUAAUUUUUCCUGCUGUCAACUAAACAUGCAACACUGUCACGAGAGCAGCGUCACACUGUUAGCUCUGAAACAAUGACAUAAAUAACGAGAACUAAUGUGAGUGUGAAUAUAGCGACCAGAUGAUAAUAUCGAAGCAUUAUUUUAUUUAUUUUAUUUUUCUUAUGAUUUUAAUAACUGAUUAACGACUAGCCAGUAUGUGGAGGGGGAUGUAUAGAGUGUUAGAUGUGAACCGUUUUGGCGCUGAAUUGUCAAAAUGGCCGCCCUGCUGUAUAUACACGCAGUGACACAGUACAUAGAGAUGUAGAGAUUUUUCUGUUUGUAGCAUGGGCUGAUGAUGUCUGCGUCUGUCAGGCAGACGUGUGGAUAAAUGAAGUAUCUGAUGUACUGUUGUAAAAUAAAUGUUUCUGAUGCUUCAGAUC